CACCACUCCUCCGUCAUACUCCACGGCCAUGAUGGUGGUCUGACACACGACAACAAACAAACAGAUGACGGUUCAUAACUUGUACAUAUUUGACCGCAAUGGAAACUGUUUGUAUUACAACGAGUGGAACCGCAAGAAGCAGGCGGGCAUCUCCAAGGAGGAGGAGUUCAAGCUGAUGUACGGGAUGCUCUUCUCCAUCCGCUCCUUCGUCAGCAAGAUGUCUCCUCUGGACAUGAAGGAGGGGUUCCUGUCCUUUCAGACCAGUAAGUAUCGUCUUCAUUACUACGAGACACCGAGCGGCCUGAAGUUCGUCUUGAACACCGACCUGUCAGUGACCAACGCCAGGGACACACUGCAGCACAUUUACAGCAAUGUGAGACACACACAUACACACACACACACACACCUAUGAGGGGGUUCAUCUAUAGAACCAGCAGGCUGAACUGCAGCUUUUCGUUGAAUUAUGUGAAAUUUAAUCUGUUUUCUCAAAGAAUCUUUUAAGAGUUGAAGUUGGAAAAAGAGAG